AAGUUAUGGUGAUCAUCGGAGAGUUAUUAGCGUAAUUUUGGCGGGAAUUUUUCUUAGCGUGAAACCCUAACGGUGUGAAGAAGAAGAAGAAAUGCGGCGGCCGGAGAAUAGGAUAAGCAAAUUACCGAAAGAGAUUCUAUGCCGCAUUCUCUCUUUCCUCCCCACCAAAGAAGCUGUUGCAACAAGCAUUUUAUCCAAGAGAUGGAUUCGUCUCUGGAUCUCUGUUCCCAAUCUCAACUUCACCAACAUCACAAUCAAUAGCAUCAAAUCCAAUAACAAAUUUAACGAAUCUGUUUACUCCGUUUUAGCCUCUCGUGACGGUGCUGGUUAUAAUCUGGACAGUUUCCAUCUCGACAUUCAAUACGUUAAUCAUCACUUUGCUUAUCAUCGCAGUUUUCCACAUGUAGUCAGAUGGAUCAACGUCGUUGUUCGACGCAAUCUAAAGCAUCUUAAUCUCAAUCAUGACAUUGAUGAACCAGAUACUUACGAUCCUGAACGAGACGCUUACUUACCUCAACUGCCUAAGAGCAUUCUCACAUGUAGAACCCUUGUAAGUCUUAAACUCUGUCGAUUCAGUGUGGAGGGUCUUUUGUUUGUUUCUAAAGUUGAAUUUGGAUUUCCCUGUCUCAAAACACUUCAUUUCGAUGAUAUUUACUUCGGUUAUGGUCGAAAUUUUGUUUUGCUUCUAUCUGGAUGUCCAAUUCUUGAGGAUCUACAAUUAUUGAAUAGUUGUCACACUUUGAGUUCUAGAGAUUCUGAGGUUAUUCAAAUGUUUCAAAGCUUAAGCUUACCCAAAUUGACUAGAGCUGAAAUCAUGGAGAGUUUGUGGUCUCAUUUUCCACUGAAAGCACUUUCAACUGUUAAGUCUCUUAGCUUAGAUACAUUGAAGUUGAACACAUAUGACCAGACAGACGAUAAAGAUGAUGAGGAGAAUCCGAAGCAGCGCACUUACAUUGACAUUCCUAUCUUUCAUAAUUUGAUCUACUUGAAGCUCAACAAUAGUUGGAAGUUGGUGGUAAAAAUGCUCCAUCACUGCCCUAAGCUUCAAAGUCUUGAACUUUCCAAGGGCUCAAGAUAUAUCAGUGUUGAUGAUCAAGAAAAUUCGGUAGAAGAACCAGAGUUAGUUCCAGAAUGUGUUUCAUCUUGCCUUAAAACUUGCACUAUUCGGGAUAUAGGAGGCCUAGAAAGUGAGCUUAUCUUACCAACAUUUAUUUUGAAGAAUGCAAGAAUUUUAAAAACCAUGAAAGUAUGGAGCGGAUGGAUGCAAAAAAAGUCUGAAAUAGAAGAGAAAUUGUCCCCAUGCCCGAAAGCCUCUGCAACUUGUCAACUUUUUGUGUAUUGAUAACAUAUAGACCAUGUAAGUUAGAUAGAAAAUUGUCCCCAUCCUGCUGUUCGUUACAUUAGCUUCAAACGUCCAACUGCUGGAUUUGGUGGUUUGAAUUUUUAGCUAUUUUGAGGUCAUGACUUUGUCUCGUUGCACAUGUUCAGAAAAAAUGGUCUUUAAGGGAUUGAGUUAGUACUCGUCUUCUUGUUUAUGACUUCAAUUAGAUCAACUGUUAUCAUAUUUUCUGGGAAUUUGUAUGUUAAAUUCCAAGUUUUAACUAGCCUUCAUUUUUUCAGCUUUAAUUUUGUCCCUGUGUGAUACUG